AUGAGGACGAUCGAGAGCCUGUUGCGCCGGGACAGCGCCGUACUAUUCCAACUACGAACAGGUCACGCCCCGCUGAAUAAGCACCUACAUCGUAUGCGCUGCGUCGAGUCGCCGACCUGCGACGCAUGCGGAGAGGCAGACGAGACCGUCCCGCACUUCAUCUACGAGUGCCAGGCGCGGCUGACCGAGCGACGCGCACUCCGCAAGGCCGCGGGGAAAAACUGGCGAAACCGAGCUUAUCUGCUCAGCGACGCGACGGGCGUGAAAGCCCUCAUGGGCUAUGUACGGGAAACUGGACGUAUGCGGUGGAGUCGCCGGGAGGAGGACGGCAUUCAAGAGGGCAAUUUCGAGGAUGGGGAAAGGAAGGAAGAGGAAGAGGGCGAGGACGAGGAGGAAGGAGAAGACGGAGAGGGGGAGAGGAGAGCGAAGGAGACGGAGGAGGUGGAUACGACGAUCGAGGGGCUCCUGAAGUGGUUCGAGAGGUUGCCCAGGGGAGGAGAACGAGACUCAGCGUGA